AUGAUAUCACAGUUUCUUUUAAAUUGCUUUUCCCACAGGAAGCCUGAUGAAAUAGCAUUUGAAAAGAGGCAUGCCUCUAAUGUCCUGGAGAACAACCUUGAGAGUGAUGAAAUUUUCAGUCAGUUUGACAAGAUCCAGAUUUGUCAGCAGUCCUUUGAACACAAUGGAAAUGACAAAACUUUCAGCGGGAAGAAGAUAAUCCUUAUGUGUGAGCAAAUUUAUUCCAAAGAUCCAUGUAAUCAGCAAGCUAAGUCAGAACUCAUUAGAGAUCAGAUCAUUCGAAGUGCAGAGAAUCAGUAUGAAUGCAAUGAGCACACAAAAGGCUUUCACUGGCAAUCAUCUCUAAUUGGUCAACAGAGACUCAACACAAGGAAAAAAUCUUAUCAAUGUAAGGAGUGUGGAAAAGAGUUUCAUUGUAAGUCAAGCCUAAUCAUACAUGAGAGGGUCCACACAGAGGAGAAAUUUGAUGAAUGCAGGGAGUGUGGAAAAGGUUUUUCUCGUAAGUCAAACAUGAACACAUGUCACAGAAUGCACACUGGGGAAAAACGUUAUCAAUGUAGUGAGUGUGGAAAAGGUUAUCUUCAUAAGUCAAGCAUAAUUGUACAUCAGAGAAUCCACACUGGGGAAAAACCUUAUGAAUGUAGUGAGUGUGGAAAAGCUUUUAUUCGUAAGUCAAGCAUGACCAUACAUCAGAGAAUCCACACUGGGGAAAAUCCUUAUGAAUGUAGUGAGUGUGGAAAAGCUUUUAUUCGUAAGUCACAGCUCAUUACUCAUCAGAGAAUUCACACUGGGGAAAAACCUUAUGAAUGUAGUGAGUGUGGAAAAACUUUUAUUCAUGAGUCACUCCUCAUUAGCCACCAGACAAUCCACACUGGGGAAAAACCUUAUGAAUGUAGUGAGUGUGGAAAAUCUUUUAUUCGUAAGUCAAACCUCAUUACUCAUCAGAGAAUACACACAAGGGAAAAACCUUAUGAAUGUAGUGAGUGUAGAAAAGCUUUUAUUUGUAAUUCACAGCUCAUUACUCAUCAGAGAAUCCACACUGGGGAAAAACCUUAUGAAUGUAGUGAGUGUGGAAAAUCUUUUCUUCAUAAGUCAAGCAUGAUCAUACAUCAGAGAAUCCACACUGGGGAAAAACCUUUUGAAUGCAGGGAGUGUGGAAAAGCUUUUGUUCAUAAGUCAAGCAUUAGAUCACAUCAAAGAAUACACACAGGUGAAAAACCUUUUGAAUGUAGUGAAUGUGGAAAAGCUUUUAAUCAGAAGUCAAACCUCAUUACUCAUCAGAGAACUCACACUGGAGAGAAACAGUAUAAAUGUAGUGAGUGUGGAAAAGCUUUUCUUCAUAAGUCAAGCAUGAUCAUACAUCAGAAAAUCCACACUGGGGAAAAACCUCAUGAAUGUAGUGAGUGUGGAAAAGCUUUUAUUCGUAAGCCACACCUCAUUAGACAUCAGAGAAACCACACUGGGGAAAAACCUUAUGAAUGUAGUGAGUGUGGAAAAGCUUUUACUUGUAAGUCAGACCUCGUUACUCAUCAGAGAACUCACACUGGAGAGAAACAGUAUAAAUGUAGUGAGUGUGGAAAAGCUUUUCUUCAUAAGUCAAGCAUGAUCAUACAUCAGAAAAUCCACACUGGGGAAAAACCUCAUGAAUGUAGUGAGUGUGGAAAAGCUUUUAUUCGUAAGCCACACCUCAUUAGACAUCAGAGAAACCACACUGGGGAAAAACCUUAUGAAUGUAGUGAGUGUGGAAAAGCUUUUAUUUGUAAGUCAGACCUCAUUACUCAUCAGAGAAUUCACACAGGGGAAAAACCUUUUGAAUGUAUUGCGUGUGGAAAAGGCUUUUCUAAUGUGGCACAACUCAUUAGGCAUCAGAGAGUCCACACAGGAGAGAAACAUUAUGAAUAUUGUGUGUAUCUUCAAGCCUUUACUUACCAGACAGGUUUCAUUCGACGUCAGAGUAUCCAUACAGGAUAA